AUGACAUGUAAUCCAAACUGGGCUGAAGUGAAAGAUAAUUUAUUACAUGGUCAGACAGCAUCUGACCGACCAGACAUUGUUUUACGAAUUUUUAAUGCAAAUAAAGAUGAAUUAAUCAACAUUAAAGUAAAACAACAAUUUAUCGGCGAAGUACAAGCAUACUCUUAUGUUUUUGAGCAUCAAAAAUGUGGAUUACAUCAUGUUCAUUUGUUAUUAACGUUAAAACAAAAUAGUAAAUUAACUACUUCUAAUAUUGUAGAUGAAUGUAUUUCGGCAGAAAUUUUAAAUCCAGAUACAGAUCCUGAACUUCAUAAUAUUGUUAUAGAAAACAUGAUUCACGGUCCCUGCGGAGAUUGGUGUAAAGAUGGUAAAGGUAAAUGUAGUAAGUACUUUCUAAAGAAGUUUCACGACGAGACAAGAAUGGAUGAAAACGGAUAUCCAACUUAUCGUAGAACAGAUACCGGACAUGAUGCUGCUUCCGUCGUAGUUACUGAUGCCAAUAACAGCGAAAAUGUUAUUCAUCAUGAUGCAAUAAAAAAUUGCAUAGAUACUCGAUACGUGAGUCCUUUUGAAGCAUGUGAGCGCAUAUACUGUAGAUCGUUGCAAAAUAAAAGGCAUGCUGUUAUUAGGUUGCCAGUACAUUUGCCUAAUCAGCAAAUUGUUACUAUUGGCGACGCUGAAAGUGAAGGUGCUAUAAGAAACGCAUUGGAAAACGAAACUAUGGUAUCACUUACUCAACAUGAACAACUCGGUCAGACUCAGCAGCACACAUUAAAUGGAAAACAAAAAGAUAUUGUACAUACAAUCCUUAAUGUUGCUUUGUCGAACGAAGAAGGACUUUUGAAAUCAUGUUUUUAUAUUGAUGGACCUGGUGGCUCAGGAAAGACAUAA